CAGCUGCAUAGCGCAGCGAGGCGAGCCCGUAACUUUCUAUCAAACUUCCAAGUUGCCUUUCGAAGGAAGACACCGGAGCACUGUCGGUUAGAACCGGAGCGAGCUCGUUUCGUGCAAAGGGUUGUGUGAGAAAAAUGCCAUGUGGCAGUGUCAACACAGUUGGGGAAGCACCAUGCAAGCUUGAGUGCUGAAGAGGUGAGGUUGCCCCGUCACCUUUUCUACAUCUUUAAUUGUUGAUCCAGACAAUCAUUCUGCUCAUGAAGUCAGGGACAAGCAUCCCAUCCCAGAGGCAGCCAUGUCUACCUGCUAAGUGCCUUUAGCCUUUGGCACUGGUGUCAUGACCAGCCUGAAGCGCCCACCCAUGGAGCGCACCGUUGGGGGUUCCAUCCCGGCCACUGAUGAGUUUUAUACUCGCCACCUCCGUAUGGUCAAUGGAGGGGUUGUGCCAACCCGCACAGACAAUGUCCAUGCCACUGUGAGCACAGGAGUGCCUAAAAUGGGUGUACGGGCUCGGGUGGCUGACUGGCCCCCAAGAAAAGAAAUUACAGGGGCUCUGUGGCACGCAACUACAGAGCCAGAGAACUCUGGUGUUCCUUCGGCUGGAAAAAGUCACGUUAAGUUAGGCUUUAUUAUGAGCCCUCAGGACUCAUCAAUGCUGCGUAACAUCCACAAUACAUUGAAGAAUCGCACCCAGGCCCAGGCUAACAAUUACAGCCCGGACACCCGUUACCUGGCCCCGGGAGACUACAGAGGUCCUGCACAUAAAAACCCACGGCAGAGACGCAUCCGUCAGCGCAGCAACAGUGACAUGACUAUCAGUGAGAUGGAAGGCAGUGGGGACAGUGGAGAGGACUGGGGUCCAUCAUCGGGAGCUAAAUGGUCCCCCCUUCACCGCGAAUAUGGUAGCACCUCCUCAAUAGAUCAGCAUGGAGCAUCUGGAGAAAGCUUCUUUGAAAUGCUAAAGGGCUAUCAAGGGGAUAAAGAUGACCAGCGUAGCCCUGCUCCCGAGAAACUGGAGGACAUGCUGAAUGUUGGGCCCAAGCAGGCCAUCGCUGAUCUUCAGGAGGACACAGACAGUCAGCCUCUUAAAACCAAGGACAGAGAUAAGCCCCCCAAAAGACGCACUAAAUCAGAGACAGGGGGUGAGUCUAUAUUCCGCAAACUUCGGAAUGUGCGGGGUGAGUUGGACUCUCCCAGAGCGGGGUCUGACGUAGAGGACAGCCGGACAGAGGACAUAGCCCCCCCUCUUAAGCCCUGGGUGUGUCAGAAAGGAUUUGCCCACUAUGAUGUUCAGAGUAUGUUGUUUGACCUCAACGAAGUUAUUCAGUUGCGGCAGACUGCAGGCAAGAGGAAGAACACCACCACUGGGGCUUCUGCUGCUGCUGUGGCCUCGGCUACCUCCACCCUCUCGUCCACCCACAGCCUGCCUUACAGCUCCCCGAGUGGCAGCCAGGAAGAGCUCAGUUCCAGGGACAGUCCUGGUCUGGAUGCAGGAGAUGAACAGAGCAAUGAAAUGCUGCUGAGUUGCCCUUGCUUCCGCAAUGAGAUAGGUGCUGAUGGCAAUGGAAGGCACCGAUUGGUUGGGGCAGUGUAUCAUGGGCUUGUGGGUGGUGGAACAAGCAACAGCAGCUCAGGGACCCUGAGUGGGGAAGGAAAUUUGUAUGAAACAUCUGUGAGCACGCACUGCACAAAUGCUGGAGUAGCAGUGCUCGAGGGACCAAAGGAGGGCCCCAGCACGCUCAGCGAAAAGGGCAAACAAUACAUUGUGGAACACGUGGAUCUAGGAGCCUACUACUAUAGGAAGUUCUUCUACCUGAGGGAGCACUGGAACUACUUCGGGAUAGAUGAGGCGCUCGGUCCGGUGGCGGUGAGCUUGCGCAGAGAGAAGCUGGAGGAGGAAAAGGAGCACGGCCAGCAGUACAACUACCGUGUCAUCUUCAGAACCAGCGAGCUGACGACCCUGCGAGGUUCUAUCCUGGAGGAUGCAGUGCCUUCCACCUCAAAGCACGGCACGACCCGAGGGCUGCCCAUCAAAGAGGUACUGGAGUAUCUUCUCCCUGAGCUGGAUCUGUCCUGCCUCAGACUGGCCCUCAACACACCCAAAGUCACUGAGCAGCUGAUGAAACUGGAUGAACAAGGGCUGAGUUUUCAGGUGAAGGUGGGGGUGAUGUACUGCCGAGCGGGGCAAAGCACUGAGGAGGAGAUGUACAACAAUGAGACAGCCGGUCCCGCCCUGGAGGAGUUUCUCCAACUGCUGGGGGAGAAAGUUCGCCUUAAGGGCUUCACCAAGUACAGAGCCCAGCUGGACACCAAAACGGAUUCCACGGGCACUCACUCCCUGUAUACUUCAUACAAGGACUAUGAGAUCAUGUUCCAUGUGUCGACUCUGCUGCCAUACACACCCAACAACAAACAACAGUUGCUGAGGAAGCGCCACAUUGGAAAUGACAUCGUGACCAUCGUGUUCCAGGAGCCCGGCUCUCACCCCUUCACCCCCAAGGCCAUUCGCUCACACUUUCAACAUGUCUUCAUCAUUGUCCGGGUGCACAACCCCUGCUCUGACAACACAUGCUACAGUGUGGCUGUUAGCCGUUCCCAGGACGUUCCCUCCUUCGGCCCCCCAAUCCCCAAGGGCGUGACCUUCCCCAAGUCCACUGUCUUCAGGGACUUCCUGUUGGCCAAAGUCAUCAACGCUGAGAACGCCGCCCACAAGUCAGAUAAGUUUGGUGCCAUGGCAACACGAACGCGGCAGGAGUACUUGCGGGACUUGGCAGAGCGGCAUGUGACCAGCACACCAGUAGAACCCACUGGGAAGUUCCCCUUCAUCUCUCUGGCACACAAACGACGGGAAAAGGUGCGUCCAUACAGUGGGGCGGAGCUGCGGAGUCUCGGGGCGGUGACCUGGCAGGUGCACGCUGAAGAUCAGGUAGCUGGUGCUGAACGCGAGUGCCUAUUGGCCAUUUCCAACGACUUCAUCAUCCUGUUGGAUCAGGAGGCCAAAGCAGUUGUAUUUAACUGUGCCACGCGUGAUGUGAUUGGUUGGUCGACGGGGAGUCCCGCCUCCAUGAAGAUCUACUAUGAGCGUGGUGAGAGCGUGUCACUGCGCUCCAUCAAUAACAACACAGAAGACUUUGGAGAGGUUGUCAAAAGACUGGAGCUGUUGACCAAGGGCAGUCAGACUACAGAGAUGACCCUUCGGCGUAACGCUCUGGGCCAGCUGGGCUUUCAUGUCAACUUUGAGGGCAUUGUAGCAGAGGUGGAGCCCUAUGGUUAUGCCUGGCAGGCUGGGCUCAGGCAGGGCAGCCGACUGGUGGAGAUAUGCAAGGUGGCGGUUGCAUCACUGUCUCACGAGCAGAUGAUUGACCUGCUCCGGACCUCUGUCACUGUGAAGGUGGUCAUCAUUCCUCCACACGAGGACUCCACACCACGCAGAGGCUGCUCAGAAAUCUACCACAUGCCGCUAGUGGACUACAAGAACCACAAGGAGGGGAUGCCCUAUGAGUUAAAAUUCCCCUUCCGCCCCACCAACAACAACACCAAGUGGCCACGCACCUCAUCCAGCCCUCAAACACGUGCUGCUGGCACAGGGGGGACUCUGAUCAAGGCCCCGCCAUCAGACUUCACAGACCGUAACACUGCUGCUAUUCCUCGAAGUGUGUCCAGCGAUGGCCGGCCCCUCAACCCCAAAAGAUAUUCCCCUGGAAAUGACAACUACGCUCUGGCCUGCUCUAUUGUGAUGGGUCGCACACUGCACAACACAAACUCCCCUUCCAGCCUCUCCUACACAGACACCAUGAGCUCCAACCACUGGAGGCAGAAGUCUGUGCCUGAUGGGUUUAAUAACAACAACUGCCAGUCCCCUGUGUCAUCUGUGAGGCAGGUAACAGGUGAUGGGGUCAGUGGGAUCAAGGUGUGUUCUAGCACUGGUGUUGGAUGGUCCCGAACUGGGGAGGGUGACGUAGCCAGCAAACUGGGGGACAAAACCAAUCCAGACACUGUGGUUACAAAGCUGGUGAUUCCUCGACUGCAGCCGGCAGAGCAGAGCAGCCACAUGUCUCCUAAAAAAGGCACUAAGGUAGAUGCUCCAUAUUCAUCCAGCCAGUCAAGCAGCAACACGCUCUCAAGCAACGCCUCCAGUUCCGCCCACAGCGAUGAGAAAUGGUACGAAGUCGGCUCUCGUUCAGGAGUCCGGAGUGAUCUGGAGCUGAAUGGCUACCUUCAGGGCGCCUCCACCGACAGUGGCAUCGAUGCCACCUCCUUCACUGCCACGCAAAGCAGCACUGCUUCCUCUACCAGUGCCUUCAGGGCCAGAGACAAGGUCCCAUGGCAAGAUGACCCAGCAGGCAGCCAGAGGGCCAGCGACACCUCACCUCCAACACCAGACUCCCUUGUUGCCAUCGGCGGCAGCGAGAUACCAGCGAAGAGCCCGACAGCCUUUCCACUAGUUCCUGAUAGUGGCUCCUACAGCCUGAGUGAUGCCACCUCCCACUCCAGUACACUAAGUUCUGGCCACUCAGGGAGUCCGAUGGGUCAGGGCUGCAGCCCCAUGCCCCCAGAGAACGAGUCAGCCGUGGCAGCCACUUCACCCACAUCCCAGAACUCCCAGUCUCCGGGGACCAAGAGUUUCUACCCACGUCAAGGAGCAACCUCGAAGUACCUGAUUGGCUGGAGGAAACCUGGGGGAACUGUCAACUCUGUGGACUUUGGCAGCACUCGGAAGCGGCACCAGAGUGAUGGUCUUCUAGGUGGUCAGCCACAGCUCAGGGCCAAUCUCCGGGGCUCCCAGUCGCCCCAGCGGCACACUGCUAAGUCCAGCCUGGAAGAAGACUUGAAGAAGCUCAUUACACUUGACAGCCCUCCACCCACUACAAGUGAAGAGAAGCCAUUGUUUCCGGGCCCGCCACCCAGCCGUCGCUCCCUCCAGAGAACUCUGUCAGAUGAAAGUAUCUACAGCGGGCAGAGGGAGCCAUCCUCCAGUGGACAGCGUGACACACCUACUGACCUUCUGUUCAGCUGCUCCACCAUACCACGCUCACCCACCACUCGCCACGGAGCAAGUCGACGAGCAUCUCACAAAUCCCUGGGAGACCUGUCGGCCCCAGAGAGCUCAGAGCGGGAGCAGGAGAGAAAGAGGCAGCAGCUGCAGGAGCCUGUCCUCAUGCCCCUGCCUGACACUGGGGCAGAUGGCCCACUGGACUGGGCCCACCUGGUAGAUGCUGCCAAGGCCUUUGAGGAACAGAGGUUGGUCUUCCUAGCAGCCCAAGAGGAGAGCUCCAUGGCUGAAACCGUAGCAGCUACCAGCCCCCAGCAGGCUGAGCCUCAGGCAGCCCCACUGAGACAACCCUCGCCUGGAGAGACGCCAGCUUGUCUGAUGGGGAAGGUCAGCCAGCUGGAGUCAAUGGUGAAGGCACUACAGGAAGACCUGAAGAAGGAGAAGGACGCCAAGGCGUCACUUCAGGCUCAGAUCCAGAGCCUGCGAGUGGACAACCAGCGUCUCCUGGAGGAGUCCUACAGCGCCUCAGCCAAGCUCAAGAAGUUCACCGAGUGGGUCUUCAACACCAUAGACAUGAAUUGAUGCAUACAAACGCUCACUGCUCUUUAUGAGGAGUUUGACCACUACUCAAGCUGAUCUGGAACUUGGUUGUUCAGUACUGUACACACUUUAUGGUCCUUCAAGGAUCAUCCAAAAAAAUGCUUACAAAAACUCACAAGAUGAACUGUUUCUCUAAACCAGUGCCAACAUGGACUUACAUGUCAUCCUUCUUCAGCCUUGUGGAUCUGUGGUAUGAUCACUGUGAAAGACAGAAAGAAUCAUUACAAGUGAGGACAGAGGAAUACAGAAUGAGAGCAGUGUUGUUGCGGUUUUGAUCAGCAUGCACUCCCUUCCUUAAGAUUUCACAAAAAUAUGAUGCUUUGUGUCCAGUCUAAUGGAUUGUUGGUAUCCUUGCAUGCCAGAGAGCUCAAGAUGUUGACACUAACCUAAAAGGAUUUGAAGUUACUGUCCCCAUUCAGCUCCCCAGCUAACCUAAUUACAAGUGAACAGAUUUCCAAUUAAAAAGCUCCAAUGCAAUUUAAAGUUUGUUCAUCCCAUGCAAGAGUUGGUGAAAAUAGCCCUGUAUUCCCCUGAUAAAGGUUGACACUUUCUAAGAAUUAACAGUGUGUUGUAAAAAAAAAGAAUAAUUGUUAGAACAUUCUCAAAAUUUUCACAAUUCAAUGAUAACAGCACUGAUUAUUAUUAUUUUUUAUUACUAGCCAAAAGAAAAAAACCUAAAUAAGAUAAGACACUGUGCUUUUUCGGUAGCAUUGUGAGUAGAUAGACACAGACAGAAACCCUUUGCUUAACACAUACUGUAAACACUGUAAGGUCAAGUGCCUGUCUGUAUUUCUUAUAUAAUAAGAUUGUACAAGUGUAUCAAAUGUAUGAUUUCAAAGCAAGGGUCAAAAAGCAAGUUAAAACUUGUACAGGACUACUGGUCGCAAGCUGAUGAAAAGAAUAUAUAUUGUAAAAACAGAAUAAUAUGGGUGCCAUAAAUAUAUACAUUUACAGUUCUAUCUCACUUAUUCAGAUUAUUGUAAAUAUAUUGUGUUAACGGUUAUUUUCUCACUCCUUUCCUUGAUAUGAUCAUGUAUGUAAAGAGUAUUUAUGACAAAGAUGAGGGCCAAGAAAAGAAAAACAGCCAUAUGCAGUUAGAGAUCUGCAUGUACUUUUAAUGGUCAGCCUGCUUUAUGAGAGAAUAUAUAUCCUUUAACUCAAAAGAAAGGCUCCAACAGGAGAAGACAAGCUUUUGAUCCAAAUACUGAUUCUUCUUCUUAUAUAUUUUUUGAAAGUCCUUACAGUUUAUUGCAGUGGUUUGAUAGACAGUGCCACCUAGUGUUGACAACAUGUAAAAUGCUACAUGGAAUUGACCCAGCUCCUUCACCCAUAGCAUGCUAAAAGGCCUCAAUCUGAUCUUUAAAUCUCUCAAUAGAUUAAAUCAGUACUGUUCAAUAUGUGAUUGCAUAGUAAGCUAUUGUGUAAAUCCCGAAAUUCCAGCUACAGGUUUCUCUAGUGUGUAAAUCUGCUUGUAAGCCCAACCUGAAUUUGGUCUGUACGUGACCAGAGGAAGACCUUAUUUAAGCCUCAUACUGUAACUGUUUCCUUUUGUACUCAGAUACUGUGCAGCUGUAUAUAAGGAGAAUUUGAUAUUCAUCAGAAUUUGCACCUUCGUUCUUAUUUUUUAAGAUUAUUUUUGAUGUAUUUCUGCUUUAUUGGCUUGGAUAUAGUGGAGAAAGACAGGAGCAAUACGAAAGAUAAACAAGGGAACAAGACAAGGACAAACACCAUGAGCUGGACUCGGACAAAAAGAGUCCAAGGCCCCCUAGCACAGCAAAUCGUCCCCUGCACCUUCAUUCUAAACAUGUGUGACAGCAUGUGAUUCUGUUUCCAUUGAGCUGUGAUGUGUACAAAUGUUUAUAUCUAUUAAAGAUAUUUUGUUGAAUUACA